AUGAUCAGGCAGCGCAGGCAAGUUGGCAGCCCGCUGACAAUUGCAUCGGAGUCCAAUGAGGGCCCUUCAACGACUCGUCUAUCAGCAACUCUGAGACUACGUGCAGAAAGUGCAGAAGACCGAUCGAUCCCCGAUGAGCACAGUGAUAUUCGAAGUCCAGCUCGGCAUAUACAGUGGAGAGAUGACGUUAUCGACAACGAGGGAAUGGGGAAAAAAAGCUCCAAAGUCUGCUGCAUAUACCAUAAAGCUCGACCUGUCGGUGAAAGUAGCUCAGAAUCAGAAUCGUCUGAUUCCAGUGAGUCCGAUUCCGAUUCCGAUUACGGCGCUGAUUAUCAGACUCAUUGUAACGGCGGGCGGCGGUCUCGUCAUCACAUGAGUUGUGACAACAACAGCCCUAGACAUACAUCAUCAGAACAGCCAUCGGAUACCGCAAAGACAAGACGAAGAAAACCUAGCCCCAAUGCCUACGAGAAGAUGCCGAAGACAACAAGGGAUCGUUGA